CCUGAUUUAGUUUGCCAUUUACGUCUUAUCAAAAUAUAGCACAGUCAGAUUUUGCCAGUUUCCUCUCUUUCAUCUGUCUCUUUCAUGGCAUCAGGCACCCUUUUCUUAUCAUCGAAGCUUUCUCCUUUUCCAUACUCCGCCCUUGCAACUGCUUCCUACACAGCGAGGGUAGAAGUCACGUACGAUGAAGAAGUCAUCAAACCUACUCUUCGCCUCAUGAAUGGAUCGAAUAUCGAUGAAGAGGAGGACAUCGUUCACGCUCUAGGAAAAGCUGGAGGUCUGGCUGAAGAUAGCGCCAAGGCGGCCUCGUUCUUCGCGUUGGCAAAAUCCUUGUCUAAAACUACUGCUGUGCCCGAGAUCAUGACUACCUUGGACUCCCUUGACGACCAUCUAGCGUGGAGAACAUUUCUUAAUGGCCAUGAUAUCACCACAGCUGAUUGGAUUGUCUGGGGGACAGUCAAAGCAAGUGUGAGGAUUACCGGUCUACUGAAAAAUGGAAAGCACGUCCAUCUUUCAAGAUGGUCGUCUUAUCUCGAGUCCCUCGAAUCCACUCAAUCAGCUCUUGCAAGUCUCACGGCAGCGAAAGCAAACAAAGCUCGGUCAACCAAAGUAGCUGCGGGAUUUGCUCUCGGACUGGAAGGAGCGAAGAAGGGACAGGUUGUGACACGUUUUCCGCCAGAACCCAGCGGUUAUCUUCACAUUGGCCAUGCAAAAGCCGCGAUGCUGAAUCAGUACUUUGCGAAUAUGUACGAAGGAAAACUCAUAAUUCGGUUUGAUGACACUAACCCGUCGAAGGAGAGAUCUGAAUUUGAGGUGACAAUACUGGAAGAUCUCGCCCUUCUGGAGAUAAAAGGCGACGUGGUCACCCACACCUCUGACUACUUCGAUCAAUUAUAUGAGCUUGCGGUCAAAUUGAUCCAGUCCGGAAAAGCCUACACAGACGACACGGAGCGAGAAAAGAUGCAAUUUGAGCGACGAGAGGGAAUUGCCUCUGUUCAUCGUAAUGACAACAUUGAGGAUAAUCUCAAACAUUUUGCGGAGAUGAAGACAGGAUCUGACGAGGGCCUUCGGUGGUGUCUUCGGGCGAAGAUGAGUGUAGACGAUCCGAACAAGGCGUUGAGAGAUCCUGUCAUCUACAGAUGUAAUCCUCUACCUCAUCACCGUACUGGUGACAAAUGGAAGAUUUAUCCAACAUAUGAUUUCGCCUGUCCCGUCGUAGACUCACUUGAGGGCGUAACACAUGCUCUCAGGACCAACGAGUAUCGCGAUCGAAACCCUCAAUACUGGUGGAUGACGGAUGCUUUAGGAUUGAGAAAAGUCAACAUCUGGGAUUUCAGUCGCCUUAACUUUAUCUAUACACUCCUUUCGAAGCGAAAACUCCACGAAUUUGUCAAUAAUGGUCUUGUCCGUGGAUGGAAUGACCCACGAUUCCCGACUGUCAGGGGUAUUCGUCGCCGUGGUCUCACCGUAGAGGCCUUGAGACAAUUCAUGCUGUUGCAAGGCCCUUCGCAGGCCAUCGUCUCGCUUGAAUGGGACUCUAUCUGGGCACUGAAUAAAAAGGCUAUCGAUCCCAUCGCUCCUCGGCAUUGGGCUAUCUUGGAGAACAAGAAGGUUCCCGUGACUGUCAAAGGUGGACCGUCAAGCCCAGAGGUCAAGACCCUCCCAAAACACAAGAAAAAUCCUGAUGUUGGAGAGAAGAAGACUAUAUACACGUCAACGAUCCUCAUCGAUCAAGAGGACGCUGUUUCUUUUGACGACCAGGAGGAGAUCACGCUCAUGGACUGGGGCAAUGCCUUCGUUAGGUCAAAAGUGGUCGAUGCAUCCGGUCGAGUAAUGUCUAUCGAGCUGGACCUCCACCUCGAGGGCGACUUCAAAAAGACCAAAAAGAAAAUCACCUGGCUUUCCCAAUCUACACCCGAACAUCCUCUUACCCCCGUUACACUGCUCGAUUACGACUAUUUGAUCACCAAAAAGAAGCUCGAGGAGAACGAUAACUUGAAGGACUUCAUUACACCCGUUACAGAGUUCAGGGAGGCUGCACUCGCAGAUGCUAACGUCAAGGAUCUAAAAAAGGGUGAUUACCUUCAGUUUGAGCGGAGAGGGUACUUCAUUCUGGAUGGAGAGAACAAAGAGGAUGGAAGGCUCGAAUUCAUCCGUAUUCCAGAUGGCAAAGCCGCAGGACUGGCGAGCAAGGCAGGUGCUUCCACUACUGAGCCAGAUAGAUAGAUAGUGUCUGAAAACCUCGAGAGGUACGUGUACUAUGUACUGGAGUGAUAUCAAUGUAGUAAAAUUGUAUGAUUAACGCCAGUCGCUGGCAUUCACCGAG